AUGACCCAAAAUGAUUUGCUGAAUAGAUUAAACGAGGACGUCCAAGCAACAUAUAAGGCUGAUAUUGUCGAAUAUUUUGCUACCCUCGAAAAAAGCAACAAAAUCGUCGACCCUCUUCUCAUCGACUUACAAACCGAGCUUAAAUGGUUCGUAAGACCUUACUUACUCGAUUUCAUUAUCCACUUACAUCUCCAACUAAGUUUGAAUCCUAAGACUUUGCACACUGCCAUUCAAAUCAUGGACCAAUACUUUUCAAAAAGGGUCGUAAAGAAGGUCCAUUACCAAUUGAUUGUCCUCACCAGUCUUUGGAUCUCCUCAAAAAUCCACGAUGAUAAAUCAAAAGUGUUCUCUUUAAAAGAAAUCAUGAUUACUUGCGGAAAUAGUUACGACAUUGCCUUGGUUUUGAAGACUGAGCUUCAUAUCUUAUCCACCUUGGAUUGGAAUAUCCAUCAUCCAACCAUCGACGAUUGCUUAGAAAUCUGCUUCGCCAAUUUCAAACCUUCUAAACAAAUGGAGACUUUAGCUAGUCUUUUAGGGGAAUUAUCACUCUACGAACGUAACAUGAUGUUCUUCAGCAGUUCCACCAAGGCCAUUGCCAGUAUGCUAAUGGCAGCUACCAUUCUUGGGGAUCGUUCAUACAUUGAUUCUUUUAAGUAUGAUUUGGUUAAGAAAAACCUUUCAUCUACCAAUACCAAUGGCGAAUACAACAUUCCUUUUGUCGAACAUUUCACUCAUAGUUCAUUGGGAAACAUCCGCAAAGUCUCGGUAUUGAUGUUGGAUUCUCUUAUCAAUAACCAGUCCAAGUCACUUAAGUUCAAGUAUGGAUCUACCAAGUAUCAACUUUUCCAAAAAAUUGACGGGUUAAUCUCUUCGUUCAAUGAUUUCUUACUUUUCAACAAACUCCAACCUUCAUCUACCGUUGAUUCAAUUAGUAAGGAUAUGGCUAAGCACAACCAAUCAAAAACCAACAUUCGCAAGUGCCAACUUCGCGAUUUCUUACCAUCUUUCAACAAUUUCAACAAUUUCCCAAUGAUGAUUUCGAAUUUCAUGUUGAGUAUUGAAGUCAACCCAAUUUGCAUGGUCAAGGACUUGUCAAGCUUGUCACUCGAAUUCUUGUCCAGUCCAAUGGUGGUGCCAGCAUCUUUGGCAUCUCCACAUUUAACACCAAUCUCCACAUCAAGCCCAAUGGCCAACAUCUCGUCGAGCUCUCUCGUUUCUGUUGCAUCUUCUCCUUGCACAUCUGCCUUCUCUAGUAGAAGUAAUAGCUCGGUUUCCUUCUAUUCAAGUGCUGAUGACAGCAGCAUAUCUGAAGUGAGCACUCCACCUCCUUCUGUUGGCAUCUCAAGUAACGAACACCAUCGCCCAGUGAUGAUCAGCAACGGUAUUAAUGGCUCAGAUUUUUUCGAAUCUCCAAAUGGUAAUGCUGGUGUUCAAACAAUGAAGUUUCCAUUGCAGCCAAAGAUUUUGGAUUAUAACAAGAAAUUGCCAAACCAAAAUGUCGACAUUAUCAGAGAAAGAAAGCGUCUUUUUGGAGGAGAAGGUGAAGAUGAAGGAAUCAGAAGAAGCAAUUCUAAGAGACAGUCACCAAACAUGCGUGAAAACUAUUCUUUCUACUUCAAAUGA